GCGGCCCGGGGCAAGGCUCCCGGCUCUGCGCACGCGCAUUGGAACGCACUACGGGGCGCCGCUGAGCCAAGUGAGCUAAAAGAGGGUUCCAGCUGCGCGCUUGGGUCAUGUGACGUUGAGGGCGCCGAAUUCUGCUGGAGUCAGCGCCAUUUCCUGUGCCACCUCAUGGAGACCCCCAUGGCCGCCGCCCCUGCCGGGUGCUGCUUCUCCUCUUUCCUGCUCCUGGCCUUUGGGACGCUGGUGGCCGCCCUGCUGGGUGCGGCUCACCGCCUGGGGCUCUUCUAUCAGCUGAUGCACAAGGUGGACAAGGCGAGUGUCCGACAUGGCGGGGAGAAUGUGGCGGCUGUGCUGAGGGCCCAUGGCGUGCGGUUUCUUUUCACGCUGGUGGGCGGGCACAUUUCCCCGAUGCUGGUGGCCUGCGAGAAGCUGGGCAUCCGUGUGGUGGACACACGUCAUGAGGUCACUGCUGUCUUCGCCGCUGAUGCUGUGGCCCGCCUGACCGGGACAGUGGGCGUAGCAGCAGUGACAGCAGGCCCUGGCCUCACCAACACAGUGACGGCAGUGAAGAAUGCUCAGAUAGCACAGUCCCCGCUCCUGCUUCUGGGUGGGGCUGCCGCUACUCUGCUGCAGAACCGGGGUGCACUCCAGGCCAUUGAUCAGAUGUCCCUGUUCCGGCCACUCUGCAAGUUCUGUGCAUCUGUGCGGAGGGUGCGGGACAUCGUGCCCACCCUGAGGGCUGCGAUGGCUGCUGCCCAGUCAGGCACCCCAGGUCCGGUGUUUGUGGAGCUACCCAUUGACGUGCUAUACCCCUACUUCAUGGUCCAGAAGGAGAUGAUGCCAGCCAAGCCUCCCAAGGGCCUCAUGGGUCGAGGGAUCUCCUGGUACUUACAGAAUCACCUGACCAACCUCUUUGCGGGGGCCUGGGAGCCUCAGCCUGAAGGACCCCUAUCCCUGGACAUCCCCCAAGCAUCCCCUCAGCAGGUUCAGCACUGUGUGGAGAUCUUGAGCCGAGCCAAGAGGCCGCUCAUGGUUCUGGGAAGCCAGGCUCUGCUGUCCCCGACACCGGCCGACAAGCUUCGGGCUGCUGUGGAGACCCUGGGUAUCCCCUGCUUCCUGGGGGGGAUGGCACGGGGCCUGCUGGGCCGCAACCACCCCCUCCACAUCCGGCAGAACCGUAGCGCGGCCCUGAAGAAGGCGGAUGUCGUUGUCCUAGCAGGAACUGUGUGUGACUUCCGCCUAUCGUAUGGUCGUGUCUUCAGCCGCAGUAGCAAGAUCCUCAUCAUUAAUCGUAACCGCAAAGAGAUGUUGCUCAACUCGGACAUCUUCUGGAAGCCCCAGGAGGCUGUGCAGGGAGACGUGGGCUCCUUCGUGCUGAAGCUGGUGGAAGGCCUUCAGGGCCAGACGUGGGCCCCAGACUGGGCGGAGGAGCUGCGGGAAGCCGACCGGCAGAAGGAGCAGACCUUUCGGGAGAAGGCCGCGAUACCCGGGGCCCAGCACCUGAACCCAGUGCGGGUGCUGCAGCUGGUGGAGGACACCCUGCCUGACAACUCGAUUCUGGUGGUCGACGGUGGGGACUUCAUAGGCACCGCUGCCCACCUGGUACAGCCUCGUGGCCCCCUGCGCUGGCUCGAUCCUGGGGCCUUUGGGACUCUGGGAGUUGGCGCGGGAUUUGCACUCGGGGCCAAGCUGUGCCGGCCAGAUGCCGAGGUCUGGUGCCUGUUUGGGGACGGAGCCUUUGGCUACAGCCUCAUCGAGUUUGACACGUUCGUCCGACACAAGAUCCCAGUGAUAGCCUUGGUAGGGAAUGAUGCAGGCUGGACUCAGAUUUCUCGGGAGCAGGUGCCCUCUCUGGGCAGCAAUGUGGCCUGUGGCCUGGCCUACACUGAUUAUCACAAGGCAGCCAUGGGUCUGGGAGCCCGGGGCUUGCUGCUCUCACGGGAGAAUGAGGAUCAGGUGGUCAAGGUGCUGCAUGAUGCCCAGCAGCAGUGCCGAGAUGGCCACCCGGUCGUGGUCAACAUCCUCAUUGGGAGGACGGACUUCCGCGAUGGCUCCAUUGCUGUGUAGGACCUUGUGGGUCGGUACGCUUGGCUCCCUUCCUACCCCUGGACUGUGCCUAGGUGGUUUAGAGUUUUAUCUUUGCCUGCUAUGGGCCUAUCCCGUGAGGCCCAGUGACUCCACCACCCUCCCUGAGGAGGGGAGGAAGGAUCAAAGCUCAGAGGCUCCCUGGCAUCCCUAGAGAGCUUUUGGGCCUUUUUCUCCACAUGUCUAACUGUGCGCUUUCUCCCUUCCUCUCUUAAAAGACUGAAUAAACCACUCUGGCCCAUGUGGGCCCAAGUACUCAGUCCCAGAA